CAGAGGCGGCGAGAUGAGACUCCGAGCCUGGUGAGAAACUGGUGGGUGGCAGGUGAAGGGGAUCACAUUGGAGGCAGUACGAAGAGGGGGAGGUCACACGAUGGCAGUUCAGAUCCUGCUGAAAGUUGCCCGCCGUUCCUGCAGCCUCCUAGGGCUCCUUGCCCUCAUUACCGCCUGCCAGUGCAGUUACAGCCCGGAGCCUGAUCAGCGUCUGACGCUGCCCCCAGGCUGGGCGUCCCUGGGCCGUGUGGACCCCGAGGAAGAGCUCAGUCUCACCUUUGCCUUGAAACAGCAAAACUUGGAGAGACUCUCAGAGCUGGUGCAAGCUGUGUCGGAUCCCAACUCUCCUCAAUACGGAAAAUACUUAACCCUAGAGGAUGUGGCUGAGCUGGUCCGACCAUCAUUGCUUACCCUCCUCACAGUCCAGAAAUGGCUCUUGGCAGCUGGAGCUCAAAACUGCCAUUCAGUGACCACGCGGGACUUUCUGACUUGCUCUCUGAGUGUCCGACAGGCUGAGCUACUGCUCCCUGGAGCUGAAUUUCAUCGCUUUGUGGGGGGACAUGCAGAGACUCGUGUCAUACGGUCCCUACAUUCCUACCAGCUUCCUCAGGCCUUGGCCCCUCAUGUGGAUUUUGUGGGAGGCCUUCACCGCUUUCCCCCAACAUCAUCCCUGAGACAACGCCCAGGACCACAGGUGGCAGGAACUGUUGGCAUGCACCUGGGAGUGACUCCAUCUGUGAUCCGUCAACGAUAUAACUUGACAGAGAAAGAUGUGGGCUCUGGCAGCACUAACAACAGCCAGGCUUGUGCCCAGUUCCUGGAACAGUACUUCCACAAUUCAGACCUGGCUGAGUUCAUGCAUCUGUUUGGUGGCAAAUUUGCACACCAGGAAUCAGUGGCCCGUGUGGUUGGAAAACAGGGCCGGGGCCGGGCCGGGAUCGAGGCCAGUCUUGAUGUGGAAUACUUGAUGAGUGCUGGCGCCAACAUUUCUACAUGGGUCUACAGCAGCCCUGGCCGGCAUGAGGCACAGGAGCCCUUCUUACAGUGGCUCCUGCUGCUCAAUAAUCAGUCAUCCCUGCCGUAUGUGCACACUGUGAGUUACGGAGAUGAUGAGGACUCCCUCAGCAGUGCCUAUAUCCAGAGGGUCAACACCGAGUUUAUGAAGGCUGGUGCUCGUGGUCUCACCCUGCUCUUUGCCUCAGGUGAUAGUGGAGCAGGUUGUUGGUCUGUCUCUAGAAGACACAAGUUCCGGCCUAGCUUUCCUGCGUCCAGCCCCUAUGUGACCACAGUGGGAGGCACUUCCUUCCAGAAUCCUUUCCUCGUCACAAAUGAGAUAGUUGACUACAUCAGUGGUGGCGGAUUUAGCAAUGUGUUCCCACAGCCUUCAUACCAGAAGGAAGCUGUAGCCCAAUUCCUGAAGUCUAGCCCCAAACUGCCACCAUCCAGUUACUUCAAUGCCAGUGGCCGUGCCUACCCAGAUGUUGCUGCACUUUCUGAUGGCUACUGGGUGGUCAGCAACAGUGUGCCCAUCCCGUGGGUGUCCGGAACCUCGGCCUCUACUCCAGUGUUUGGGGGGAUCUUGUCCUUGAUAAAUGAACACAGAAUCCUCAGCGGCCGCCCUGUUCUUGGCUUUCUCAACCCAAGGCUGUACCAGCAGCGUGGGGCAGGACUCUUUGACGUAACACAUGGCUGCCAUGAGUCCUGUCUGAAUGAGGAAGUGGAGGGUCAAGGUUUCUGCUCUGGCCCUGGCUGGGAUCCUGUGACGGGCUGGGGAACACCUAACUUUCCAGCCCUGCUGAAGGCACUACUUAACCCUUGACCCUUUCUUGCCACAGAAGUUGAACAAAUUCAUCCAUGUACUGUAGCUCAUGGCUCAGUUCCUUUUUCUGACUUGUCGGAACCCCUGCUGCCCCCUCCACUGUUGAUUUCUGUAGGCAGCUUAGCUCCCUAACCCUGAAAUACUGUGAGCUAGACUUCACUCCCAGUGCUACUGGGCUCUGUCAGCUCAAGUCUCAUGCUUUAGGCGCCUUCCCAAGAUGUUCCCUAGCGUUUUUCUUUUCUCCCCACUCCCCACUUUUUCUUUUCAACCAGGGAUGUGAAAACAGAGUAGGGUGCAGCCUGUUAGCACUGACACCAGCAGGCCCAGAUGGUGGCCACUUCCUCUAUAUACUAUGUGCACUAUUUCACUUCAACUCUGCCCCCCUCCCCCAGUUCACUGGAAUAAGACUGUCACCCCCAUCUUUUACUCUUCCCUCACUGACACUGAGAGGCAAUGGCCUCCUUGCUGCUUUACCUCCACGACAUACUUAUUCAUCUGUGCACAAUAAUCUACUUCUUAAGAUUUUCCGCCCAGAGCUUAACUUUGAUCACUCCUGCCUUCCUCAUUCAUAAAUCUGUCUGUGCUUUCUCAUGGAAUGUUGGGUAUUCUUCAUUGCUCUAUUCUCUUUUGUGCUUAUUUUACUCAUUGUUUCCUAGAAC